AUAAACUGGAAGAGUAUUCAUUUGCGUUUGGAACAUAUAUCACUGAUACACGAGCUCAGACAGUAAAAUGUUGAAGGUUUUUGUGUUUCUGUUGUUUCUCGGUAUAGGAAGAUCUGCCCCGCUAGACCUACAGGGGCUGUUGUUGAAGAUUGAUCAGCUAACAGCGAAAAACAAUCAACUAACAGAGCUCAGCGAUCAGCUAACAGAAAGAGUCACGGCCCUUGAAAUAAAGAAACGUUCAAAUCUCGAGGGACCAAUUGCUUUUACAGCCACCGUGGUAAACACGUUAGAACAUUUAGGGGAUCAUCAACACAUCAUAUUCGACCACGUGAUAACCAACAUUGGAGACGGGUACAGUCCAUUGCACGGCCAUUUUACCGCACCCGUCCGAGGGGCGUACGCAUUCUUUGUCGUUCUCACAAAUACCCCGGGACAUUCUGCAAGCGCCGAACUCCAAAGAAAUGGCCAAUGGAUUGGAAAGGUGCUAGCCGAUGAUGAAACAACUCACUGGACGACGUCAACACUCGCUGUCACGACGCAGCUCGAAGCUGGGGACCAGGUUUGGGUACAAAACGAAGAUAAGUAUUCGGGCCAAGAACAAAUAGAUGGUAACGACGGUUGGACGAGCUUUUCUGGUCACCUUAUUCAGCUGAACUGAACAGAUACACGAAAACGUUACAUUUGCGUUCAGAAUUUUAAGCACAACACUAAAUGUUGACCAUUGAUGCAUCGAAGCUUAAUGCAUUUGUUUUGUUUCCGAUUGAUUCGCAAUACAAACGUUUCUGCAAAAGUAAAAUAAAAAUAAGAAUAUCGAUACAAAAUAAGAGGAUUUGAUUGUUUAAACAAGUGGCGUUGUUUCAUUGCGUUUCAUUUAAUAAGUGUUUCAUGUAUAUUCGUAGAGUACAAACCAUACGCAAACAAAUCACUGACUAUCAACUGUUGGAAAUGCGUUACAUGUGUUUUCAAUGAUAUGUGCGCUAGUGUUAUUGCUUUUAAAAUAUAUGCUGCGAAAGUAAAAAUGUUUUAUCCCAUACUCACUGCGACAUUGAUCAAUAACAAACCGUUGGAUAAGAAUG